UGUGUUUGUGGUUUCCAGGAGACAGAGAAACUCUGCGCACGCGCGUGUGAGCGACACAACCGAAACGUGUGUUUGUGUGUGAAAUAUUAAUGUUGAAAUAUCUGACUGAUAUUUACACGGACAUGAGCUCGGAGUGACAUCAUGAAGAAGAAGCAGCUUGCAAAGAGUGGGGAUGCUGGGAGUUAUACAGUGGGUCAGGUGUCCGGAAGCCUCUUCCCAGAACAACCCAAACCCGGAGCUUUAUCCGCUUUAUUCUCCUCCUCUUCAUCAGCAAACACUCUAGUCUUCGUCCCUGCGCCACAGCCUAAAGCGUCUCCGCCAGCGCCUGGUUCCGCUCAGAGUCCCGGCCCGAUCCGCCGGCUGAAGAAGACCCUGAAGAAGCCGUCGGCGGCCGAGCAGAAGCUGCAGGACCGAGAGAGCGCUCUCCAGAACGCAGACGAUGACGGGCCGGCGACUGCGAGGAAACACACACACACACACACACGCCCGGACGAGGAGGAGGAUCCACGAGCCGGCGGACGCAGGAGGAAGAACACGGCGGAGGAGCGGCUCAAGCUGAAGCGCACGGUGUUCGUGGGGAACCUGCCGGCCAGCUGCAGCAAGAAGAGUCUCCUGUCGCUGUUCAGGCCGGCGGGAGUCGUGGAGUCGGUGCGCUUCCGUUCAGUGGUUCGGGAAGAUCCAACGCUUUCCCGCAAAGUGGCGGCCAUACAGAGGAAAGUUCAUCCCAAAAAGCAGAAUAUUAACGCGUACGUCGUGUUCCGAGAGGAAGAGGCGGCGGCCGGAGCGCUGAAAUGGAAUGGGCGGGAGAUCCAGACGGGUUUCCACAUCCGAGUGGACCGGGUCUCUAAGCACAGCGCACAUGAUCAUAAACGGUCCAUAUUUGUGGGGAAUUUGCCGUAUGAUGUGUCAGAGCUCCCGCUGCGAGAGCACUUCGAGGAGUGCGGGACCGUAGAAGCCGUGCGUCUGGUGCGAGACAGGGAUUCUGGGAUGGGAAAAGGCUUCGGAUACGUCCUGUUUGAGAGCCCAGAUUCGGUGAUGCUGGCGCUGAAGCUCAACGGCUCCACUCUGCUGGAGCGGCGGAUCCGGGUGAAGCGGUCCGUGAAGAAGGAGAAGCAGAAGAAGCCUCCGUCAGCUGGAGCGCCCGGCGGGAAGAGCGGUCCGGACACACAGCGGCGCAGACUCAAAGGCCCGAAGCACGAGUUCAGGAACAGCCUGAAGAGUUCGGGACCGAAACCGACACAAGCGUCCUCGUUCAGCGGCGAGACGGCGGAUCCGGCCGCCAGGAGGAGCCGAGCGCUGAAGAAGAAGAAGAGGAGCAGACCCGCAGUCCACAUCUGAUCUAAUA